CACUGACCACUCCCCAUGCAGCCUGUAUGCUCGAGAGGGAGCUGCUGUACUGUUUUUCACAAACUGUACAUCUGUGCAUUGCUGAAAAAACUCUGUUCAUCCCCUGUAAUAUGUCCGCAGUCUCUGGUCAUCUCCUGUAAUAUGUCUGCAGUCUCUGGUCAUCCCCUGUACUGUGUCCGCAGUCUCUGGUCAUCUCCUGUAAUAUGUCUGCAGUCUCUGGUCAUCUCCUGUAAUAUGUCUGCAGUCUCUCUGGUCAUCUCCUGUAAUAUGUCUGCAGUCUCUGGUCAUCUCCUGCACUAUGUCCGCAGUCUCUGGUUAUCUCCUGUACUGUGUCCGCAGUCUCUGUUCAUCCCCUGUAAUAUGUCUGCAGUCUCUGGUCAUCUCCUGUACUAUGUCCACAGUCUCUGGUCAUCUCCUGUACUAUGUCCACAGUCUCUGGUCAUCUCCUGUACUAUGUCCACAGUC